AUGUAUUCCCGAGAUGUGUUGUCACAGGUAAUGGGGGAACUUCAUAUGCAUAUCCGGGAAGACCAUGGAGACCUUUUGCAAGAGUGGUUUUUGCAUUCACUUUCAUGGAUCAAUGUGUUCUGGAUCGGGUUUCGUCCAUCCCAAAGAGUGAAAUGGGCCGGAGAAUUGAAGAAUGAAGGAGCUGAGCAAUUUCCGAGUCACACCUUCAUUGAUCCAGAAUCGACAGAUCUUGGCUUCCUCAAAGAAUGA